AUGUACCCUGGUGUUCCAGACCAUGAAUCCUUAACAGAAGAGCAGAAUGAAUUGUUAGGGAUCGCGGUCAAAAAAAGGCAUCAGCAACUUAGGACAUGGUUUAACUACCGAUCACAAAGGGGUGGUCGUGCAUCAGUCAACGCGAUGAUGAAAUCAAUCCAUAAGAUGCUUGGAAACAGGGCGAAGGGAACUCGAGUUCACACAGCAGCAGAGAUAUUUGCCAAAUCAAGCCACGGUGCUGAUGUUCACAUCAAGCUUAUUGUCACUAAAGGAGAAAAGCUUAACGCCAUGAGGAAAUUAGCUCAAGAAGCUUACACAGCUGCCAGUCCCGAUGUUCAGGCAUCUUGCAUCGCCACAGUGCAAGCAGAAUGUGAUGUGAAAGCAAGCGAGGUGCUUAAGCAGAAGCGUGCCCCAGAAGAAAGGACAAACACAGAGCUCGCAAAGGCACUUGAGGAGUUCCCAGGUCCUAUCGCGCAUUUCCUGCAAGCAAUUCAUGAGAUGACAGGGUUCCACUGGUCAAUUAUGGGUGCAGGACCUGACCCUCACUAUAAUGGUGACAUCAAUGUCAUCAGUUACCAUACUGGAGUGAAUGAGCAGGGUCAAAACUGGAUGCAAGCAACUCCCGAGUUCAAUGAAAGACACCUUAAGCCAUUCACUGCGUUUGUCUCGCCGGAACAUAUGAGGAAGACACGGGCACUCAGCUAUGUCCCCCCAAUGCCCUCUCAACAAGAUACAUUGGUGCUUGGAGCUGAGCAAGGAGUCCCUGAGCCCGGGAUGCAGGUAUUCAGUCAUGUGCCGUUACCCCCUGCAUCUGCCCCGAUUGCGUCUUCACUGCUCUCUUUUGAUACUCCCGACUUUGCUAGUUCGUGUGCCAGUGGAAGCAGCGGUUACAUGGAGUUACUGACCUUUGAUAUCUUUCUUGACCAGACAGCUCCAUCUGACGUAAGUCAGCCUUCUCUGCCGCCUUUCAUCACCUCUGAGGCUCCCAAAUUCAACUUCCCUCUGAUUUCUGCUCCAGCCAGCGCCUUUUUGGAUGUCCUGCAACCAUUGGGCAUGGAAUCUGGGGGCAAUGCAGCUGCAGCUACUGCAGACCUUGCCCUUGCGUCUUCAGCCGGUGAAGACGCAAUCACUGAAGCCUCCAAUGACCCUCAGCCUCUGUUAGGCACGGACUUGGAAUCUGUGGAUGCAAUUGUCGCUGACGCUCCUCCGACGGUUGGUGCAACAAUUGUUGCUGAUGUGGCAGCUCCCCAAACGCUCACUCCAAUGGCAGCUCCUCAAAUGCUCGCUCCAACGAUUGUCACUGACGUGGUGGUUCCUCCAGCAGUCAGGAAGACUGGGUGCGUCCGCAUGGAGACAACACGACUUGUACAGGCCAACAACAUUGGCCAAAAUAUGAAGUGA